AUGGCGACGCUGCGAGCCCGCGCGCAGCAGGAGAAGGUCCAGGCUCGGCCGCGCGACCUCUUCCUACCGUUUACACCCAUGGAGAAGGAGGAAGCGGAAAUCCUUGUGGACCGUGUGGCCAAAGAAGCCGGUGCGCUCGUCCUGAACGAGCCGACCAAGUCGCUUCUCAAGCCGCUGCGGCCAAUUGCGAUUGGUGUCAACGAAGUCUCGCGGCUCCUCGAGCACCGCCUCGCGCGUGUUGUCGUCAUGUCCUCGGAUGCGCCGGUGCUUGGCAUGUGCAGCCAUGUGGCUGUCAUGGCGGUUCAGCUUAACGUCCCGAUCUGCGUCGUUCCGCUCACGUCCGCUGCGCUUGGCGCGAUUUUCAAGCUCAAGCAAGUGUCCGUCUUUGGCUUUCGUACUCUUCCAAUGGACGCCAAUAACGUCGCAGAGCUGGAGGAUGCUCUUGUGCAGCUGCGAUCGAUCCAAGACUUUGUCGUGGCCAAGGCGUCGCCGGUUGCGCACACGUAGAAAAGACUGCCGACGCAGCAAAUUGGACUGUAGAUCUGUAGUUCACGCAUACGAUUGUCCAUAAAUAUAUAUAAUAUUAGUGUACAUACGACGAUUACUGCU